AUGCCUCUCCCGGCUCCUGAACUUCCAGAACCCGCGCACGCAGACUUAGACUCGAUGUUGAGCCGAAAGUUUGGCAAGGAGAUUGCCAAUUACUUCUCAGCAGGAUCACCAUUGAACCGCGUAUCAUUCCUCCGCGCAGACCACACGUUCCUCUCGACCGCAUUCAAGCACCCCAGCACUUCCUUCCUCGUCUUCAACAACCUGCAGCCCUUGUUCAAGUCUCCCACCGAACUGGCAUAUGUGUCAUACAAAGACGUCGUGCCGCUUACCGGCGAAGACCCGUACAUGCAGGCCGAGGACGAGAUGAUCAACACGUACAACUCGUCGAAGUUCACUCCGCAGCUCAUCUUCUUGGGACUCGACGAGCGGAACAAGAAUGGCCUUCUAUACAAGGACCACUACAAGGGCGCGCCCUACUUCGCUAUAGACGCCACCCCGAAAGGUGCGAUACACUCUGCGGCGGAGGAGCUUGCAAAGAAUCUCCAAGAACGCGGCUAUCAUUUCGGGGAAGCCCGCAUGCACAUGACGCUCCCCGCCGAAGAAGCCGCCAUCUACGCCGAAGCGCGCCACCUCCUCGACUGGAACGCCCGCAACCCCUUCUGCGCGCAAUGCGGCAACCCGACCCUCUCCGUAAACGGCGGCUUCAAGCGCGCCUGCCCUCCCAAAGACAUGGGCUCCCUCAAAGGCGCCAUCGGCUCCACCAACGCCAUCACCCCCGCCGACUCCACCGAGCGCCCGCCCUGCGCAACCCGCACGGGCAUCUCCAACCUCUCCUUCCCACGCACCGACCCCACCGUCAUCAUGGCCGUCGUGUCCCCCGACGGGCAGCGCAUCCUGCUCGGGCGCCAAAAGCGCUGGCCGCCCUACUGGUACAGCACCCUCGCCGGCUUCCUCGAGCCCGCCGAGUCCGUCGAAGAAGCCGUGCGGCGCGAAGUCUGGGAAGAAUCUGGAAUCUUCCUCGGGCGCGUGGUAAUCCACUCCACGCAGCCCUGGCCGUACCCGGCGAACCUGAUGAUCGGCGCGAUCGGACAGGCGAUUCCGGAGGGGGAGACGAUCCAUUUGGGCCAUGAUGCUGAGCUGGAGGACGCGCGGUGGUUCUCGGUCGAGGAGGUUCGGGAGGCGCUGAGGGUGGGUACGAGCGGGUUGGGGGAUGAGGCGGGGCCGGAGUAUAAGGAGGGCGGGUUGAGGUUGCCGCCGAAGACGGCGAUUGCGAAUCAGCUUAUGACAGCGGUUGUGAAUGGGUUUUUGGGCGGGGACAGUAAGAUGUAG